AUGGCUUGGCUUCAGCACGACCUGGAGCAGGUCAUCGGGGAUGCGAAUCAGAAUUUGCUUGAGCAGAAGGUGAAGGUGGUCAAGUACCUGUGUGAGCUGUGCAAGUUCAAGAUUUGCCCUCCUGGUGUCAUUUUGGACGUGCUGAAGACACUCUGCGACGAUUUCACUCAGCAAAAUGCCGAGCUUUGUGCAAACCUGCUGCAGUCCUGUGGCCGCUACUUGCUGUACAAGCCCGAGACGGCCAUGAGAACAGACAACCUGCUCGAGCGCAUGCUCCGCCUGGCAAAGGCAAAAUCUCUGCCCAUGAGGCUCGAGAUAAUGCUGGAAGAUGCCUUCUACCAGGUCAAGCCGCCUGAAGGGAAGCGGAAGCAAAAGAAGGAGAAGGAUCCGCUGGAACUUUUUGUGGAGCAUCUGGUGUUUGACCGUCUGCAUAAGGAGGAGGACGAGGAUCAGCUCCUCAAACUUGUUCGCAAGCUGCCAUGGGACGGUCCGGCAGUUGCAUGGUUGAAGAAGUGCUUGCUGGACUUAAAUCACCAUGCCAACUACGAGAACCUGUCUUGUGUGGCAUCCUUGCUGAGUGGUCUCGCCAAGUAUCGCGAUGCCUUUGUGAUAGACGUGGUCGAUUCUCUCCUAGAAAACAUCCAGGUGACUCUGGAAAGAAAUGAUUUUCGAGAGAUGCCCUUGCGAGUUCGACAGAUAAAGCUGGUCGGCGAGCUCUACAACUACAGAUUGGUGGAUUCUGUUUUGGUGUUCGAUUGCUUGUACCAGUUCAUUGGUUUCGGUGGUCCGACAGCUCAUCGAGCCGGGCAGUUCAUUACGGCGCACAGGCUGGUGGAGAGGGGCUUGGCGAUGAGAAAAGGCGGCCUUGGAAGCAUCAAUGAGGAAGCGGAGGACAAUGAAGAUGGAAUGCAGCUUCCGGAGCUGUUGGCUGACCCUCAGCAUCCGUUAGAGGCGCCUUGGGAUUUCUUCCGGAUCAAGCUGGUCUGCGUUUUGCUAGAAACUUGUGGACACUACUUUGAUCGCGGAGCUUCGAAGCAGAAGCUGGACCGCUUCUUGACAUUCUUCAUACGGUACGUUCACAGCAAGGGCGAGCUGCCCCAACGCUUCAUGAACAUGGUCUACGAUACGCUGGAGAAGCUGAGGCCCAGAUUGGUGUUCCCAGAGCUGAAAGCAGAGGCAAAUGAGGCUGUCCUGCGCCAGCUCGACAAGGAGAAGGAUGUUGUUGAUGUCGGAGGCGGCAAUGCAGGUGAGCAGGAUGAUGACGAGGAUGAUGAAGAGGAGAGCUCGGACGAGGAAGAGAGCCGUUCUGAGGAUGGUGAAGAGUCAUCCGAAGAGGAAUCGGAGGAGGAGGACGAAGAAAGUGAAUCCGACGAUGACGAAGCCGAGUACGCUCGUGGAGACGACGAGCAGAAGCAUGCGGCCGAAGAUGACUUCGACAAAGAGGUGCAGCAAAUUCUCAUCGAAUCCUUGGAGAAAGAGAAGAACGCUCCUCGAGUACUGUCAGAGCUGCCACCCCCAACCGUCAUUGCCAAAAAGACCGAGCAGCAGGGUGAGAUGGCGAUGGGCAAGUUCAACCUGUUGCAAAAGAAGAUGGGCGGCAAAAUCUUGACAAAGCAGCUCAACAUUCCAGAUGACUCCAAACUGCUGAGAGGCCGCCAAGACACAGUUGAAGAAGCCUCACGAGAAAAGGAAGAUCUCAAGAGGUUUGUGAUGCAAUACGAGGAGACAGGAGCAGGCGACACCACAAGUUCGGUGAUCCCCAUCACGGAUGCCGGCGCUGGGUGCGGCGAUGAGCUACCAAAGGAGCUUGCCGGAGCAGUGUUGGCAGCCGCAUCGUGGAGGGCGCAGUCUCCACUAUACAAGGGUGGGUCGAAGCUGUACGAACUUGGGGCCAACACAGCGAACGAAGGGCCGAAGGAGGAGGAGUUCUUCAUUCCACCAGGCGAGCCGUGGGAAGUGUGCGACUCCGAGACGAGUGAAGGCCGCGCGACUCCGGACACAUCUGCUUCACUGGAGCCAGAACAUCAAGAGCUUGAUGCUCCGAGAACUCAGACCUACACAACUGGCAGCUGUUGGCGAAAGUUCCCUGUGUUUCCAGACGAGCUUGUUCCGCCAGAGAUUGUUCCCGAGCCAGCAGAAGAAGACUCGGCGCAGGAAGUCAAUUCUGAGAGAAGACGCACGGAGAUGUCGUGCGACAGAAGGCCUUCAUCAGGUCCAUCACCCCGAGAAACUGUUGGAGAUGCGCACGCUGAAGCGGCGGAUGAGCAGGACAGAUCUUCGCAGCAAAGUGUUGAGCCAGCUCUGCAAGGCAUGUGGUUGAACGGCAUUGACCAAGCUCCCGUGGCUGUCAUCAAGGGGCCCAAAGUCUUUUGGAGCAAGGCUUCCGGAAGACGUCCGAGCAUUUUUGAUGUUCAAGGAGACGGCAAGGUUCUACUCCUGGAUUCAAAGCAAUCCGCCACCGUGUCCACAAAGUGCCCCCGAGAACUUCGAUGGAGUGAUGGUUCAUGCUGGGUUCAAGAGGAGUUGCAGGGCAAAUGGAGUAGCUCCAAAUCGAGGAUCCUGAGCAUCCAGCACUGGUCCGUCCACUGGGGUGCCACACUCACGCCGGCGCGGCUGGCUGUUGAGUUCCUUAGCACGCGGCGUGGAUCCGGUGUGGACGCGGAUUGCGUUGGACCUGUCACCCUGAGCCAGCAAUCAGAGCUCUCAGAUGGGUUCGCACCCGAGCGGGGAAGGGUGGUCGAAAAGGGGGAUCACGGAGGCAUUGUCGUCCGCUACGCCAGCAAGGGCAAGGGCAAGGCGGGAAGCAAAGGCAAGAACAAGGGUUCAGCACCUGUGCGGUUGGCAGCGCGUGGCACACCGAGCGAUGCGCCAAAACAAGAGCUGUCCCUUGGCUCAGAUUUGGCUCUGCUGUCUUCUGUCUGUCCAAGUUGGAAUGAGACCGAGGCACACCUUGCCGCCGAUGAGGACGAACUUGAGGGCAGCAACUUCUUGGCAGAUGCCUUAGUGAAGCAGCGGUCGUGCCCCAGUUGCAUCUCUGAGACCUGUGAGCCACGGUGCACUGAUGCCUGGUGCAUUCUGGUCUACCUUGCGGCCUUUGCAGCUUUUGUUUUCGUGACAUUUCUGGGUUUGCAGGAUGGUGACCCACGGAAAUUGUACCUUCCCCGUGACUACAGCGGAAGCUACUGCGACGUCGAUUCCAAUUGGGUCACCGGCUACAAUCUGCAAGGCUUCCCAGUCCUCAGCUACACAAUGAAUGUUACGUCCACGACAGAUAUUGUAGUCAAGGAAUUGAUUUGUUCGUAUGCCGCCCGCGAUGCUCUGGUUGGUGGCUCUCGUCCGCUGCUAACCAGCACAGCAGACCAGCAGGCAUACCUGUGCGACUGCUGCCUCGCACCGUGUGCCAAAUGCACUGGCAGCUACAAGACAACAAAGCUGGAGAGUGGAAGCGUUCAGGGCACCAUCUCUGGCAAGAUGUCUGAGAUCACUGGUUUGGGCGGAGACCUCUUCAAUCCUAGUGGCUUCAACAGUGACUUCUUCACUGAAAUCUGGAGCGAAUCAACGAGGUACUUCAACUUGGUGUGCCUGCCGAGCUGUGAUACGAACUUUGCUUCAAUGAACGGCACAAGCGAGAGUCGAACGUGGACAUACGAGAUGGCACCUGACAACCCUCUCGCUCCGUAUUGGGCCUUGCUAAACACUUCUGGGCCUGCUGAGAUUCAGGCCACAAUACACUCCUCUUUCACCUUCGCAGCGCUGCCAACAUCUCUUUGUGCUUACCCCGCCUCGAAAUGCAUACCAAUGCCCGGAGUACAGUUUACUGCUGGCAUGCCAGGGCAUUGCAGUCUGGGCCUGACCGAUGCCGUGCAGGAAAAGCUUGGCUCUGCCUUGUCAGAUGCUUUUGGAAGCCUUGGUUCUGAGGCUUUCCAAAAGGAGCUUGCUUCCUUCCAGACCUUCGGAAGUCUUUUUGGCGACGCGUUUCAAACAGGUGAUACCUUUGCUACAGUAGCAGUAUCGUGCCUCAUCAUUGGCUUUGUCUACAUACUCCUCCUCCGCUUUUUGGUCGGUGUGUGUGUUUGGACUGCGCUGUUUGCAAUGUUUCUGAUCUUCACGCUGGGCGGCGGUGUGGUCUACGCAAGCUCAAGUCAGUGCCAGGGGACUGACCUGCUAGACACAUCAUACGAGAUGGCAAUGGCCGCAGCCACGUCCAUACAGCAUUACUCCACUACGCUUGUGCAGCAGACUCUCGAUGGAGAGUCUUGGGAGGUUCCGAGUGAAACUAUCAUUGGCGAUGGAGCCAACUACACAGGCAUGCAAAGACGAAGUGUGGAAGGCUAUAGCUGCAUCCAGUGGGGCCUUGCGAACACUCUCGCCGAGAACUAUUCGCAGGCGAAGUUUCCGGAUUCCAACUUGACAGAGAACUUCUGCAGAAAUCCAUACAAUGCCAGCACGGCAAACGAAGAGACGAAGGCAAGCACAAUUUGGUGCUUCACUUCGGACGAAAAAGUUACAUGGCAAGAGUGUCGCCCGAUUGGCGUGAUUCGCCCUGUGUGCAAAAACGGCUAUGCAGUUCCUGACGCAGGGAUCCGAACUCUGUUGGAGUAUACAGCUUAUGCUUUGUGGGUCCUGGGUGGCUUGUACCUGUUUCUGGUCAUGUGCUUUUGCAGCCGUAUUCGGCUUGCAAUUGCAGUGAACAAAGUUGCUGCUACAUUUGUUGCUCAGACACCGCAAGUGAUGCUCGUCCCAGUGCUCCAGGCCGUGGUCGCGGUCCUCUGGAUUGGCUUGUGGAUACUAUGCUCUUCCUUCCUCCUAUCCCAAGUGCCAGAUGAUUAUUCCCCGAAAGAUGCGUACGCUACCUUUGCGGAGGCUUUUGGUACGGCAGAGACACCCGGCAAAUGCACGGACAAGUGGCCUACAGGCUUCGUGUACAAGGAUGAGGACAACUGUGUCAGCAUGAAUGGCACAGCGCACUGCUGGAAGUGCGGUCAACCUCGGUUUGGCUUAGACUGGCGCUUCGCCUGCUCCUUCUUUGUUUUUCUGUGGAAUAAUGCUUUCAAUAUUGCCUUCGGACAGUUUGUGAUUGCUGGAGCAGUUGCAGCAUGGUUUUUCACCCCAAAUCGUCUGAAAGGAAAACGAGGAUCAGUCAAGUCAUCUCUCUACUUGGCGUUCCGCUUCCACCUCGGCACGUUGGCUUUUGGCUCGUUCGUGAUUGCCGUGGUGCAAUUUAUCAGGUAUCUCUUGUUAUAUAUUGAGAAGCAAGCACAAGCCCAGAAGAAUCGAGUCGUGGUGCUGAUUCUGCGGCUGCUUCGCUGCUGCAUGUGGUGCCUGGAAAAGUUCCUCAAGUUCCUCAACAAAAAUGCCUACAUCCAAACAGCCAUUCGUGGAACCAACUUCUGCACCUCCGCCAAGAAGGCCUUCUUCCUGAUCCUUAACAAUGCCCUACGAUUUGGAGCUGUUGCCCUGUUGGGAAUGGUGAUCAAUUUCAUUGGGUACAUCUUUAUCAUUGCAGCCACAGUUGCGGUGGGAUAUCUACAGCUGACCGCCAUGCACCCCAACGUAUCUCCAGUGAUUCCAGUGGUCAUUUAUGUGGCUUGCGGAUAUGUCGUCGCCAGGCUGUGCAUGAACGUCUUCGAGCUUGCUGUGGACACAAUGCUACAGUGUUUCUUGGUGUGCGAAGAGGAGAAGGACAACAUUCAGGGCGACUUCGUGCCAAGUGCAAUGCAGGCAUGGCUUUCCGGGAAGCCAGACGAGCAGGCCGCCAGCAUUGAUAAGGAGUGA